UUCUUGGUCUACACUCCAAGAAAAUGUUACUUUUACCUAAUCUGAAUAGUGAGUUGACUCAUUUUUUUUGUAUAUUUUCCCACUUUCAUUAACGACGUCUAUCUUCUCUCCGAUUGUGUUCCUCUUCUGUUACAACAAUGGCGCAACAACAGCGUCCAAUCCAAAGCUCUUUCUCUCCUUAUCCUCUUUCUUAUUCUUCAAUCUCAAAACGUCCCAUCUCUCUCCUCCUCCUCCUCGUCCUCUUCCUUCUCUUUGGUGUAUUCUUACCCUGGACAGGUUCUCCCUUCUUCCCGUUUCCAAACAGAAGCUCUUCUAGCUGGCGCGACUACUCCCUCGCUCAAGCGGCCAAGUUCACCGCUAAAGACGGGACUGUGAUCGUGUGCGCCGUUAGCUACCCCUUCAUGCCUUUCCUCAACAACUGGUUGAUUAGCGUUUCUAGACAGAAGCAUCAAGACAAAGUCCUCGUGAUCGCCGAAGACUACGCCACACUUUACAAGGUUAACAAGAAGUGGCCUGGUCACGCCGUUCUCAUUCCUCCGGCGCUCGAUUCUCGGACCGCCCACAAUUUCGGUUCCCCGGGUUUCUUCGAUUUUACAUCACGGAGGCCGAAACAUCUCUUGCAAAUUUUGGAGCUAGGUUACAAUGUUAUGUACAACGAUGUAGAUAUGGUCUGGCUGCAAGAUCCGUUUCAGCAAUUAGAAGGAAACCACGACGCAUACUUCACCGAUGAUAGAACUAAAAUUAAGCCUUUGAAUCACUCUCAUGAUUUACCACCUCCGGAUGAAAACGGAGUGACUUAUAUAUGUAGCUGCAUGAUUUUCUUGCGUCCCACGAAUGGAGCAAAGCUUCUCAUGAAGACAUGGAUUGAGGAACUGCAAGCUGGGUCUAAAGCAUAUGAAGGAAAUGACCAGCCUGCUUUUAACUGGGCCCUUAACAAAACAGCUCAUCAGGUGGAUCUCUACUUGCUUUCUCAGGCAGCUUUCCCAACAGGAGGAUUGUAUUUUGAGAACGAGACAUGGGUUAAAGAGACAAAGGGGAAACAUGUCAUAAUCCACAACAACUACAUUGUCGGUUACUACAGUAAGAUGAAACGUUUCAACGAGUAUGGUCUAUGGCUAGUCGAUGAUCAUGCUCUUGAGUCCCCAUUUGGGAAAUUAGAGUAAGUUCGAAGGAUAUAUCCACUGAGUAAAAUAUUUACAUGUUUGUAAGAGUC